UGUUCUUCAAGUAAACGCUGAAACCCCGCGUUCAAGGUUAGCAACAUUCAACCACAGUCUAUUGAUCCGUGAUUCAUAGCUUUCUCAACUGAGUCACACGAGACAUCUGCUGCAGCCUUUCGAGGUCGUUAUCGGAUCUCCUUGGGAUGGGAUAUCGUGGUCCUUCCAUGCGGGGAAGAUUCCUAACUAAGUCUACCCGGACCAAGUGGUGUCUCGACGAAUUGAUGAUCUUCCCCAAUCUUCAAGAUAGAUAAGCCUUAGGGCAAAUUAUAAAGAGGAUACCCAAUCUACCCAAGUCUCUCUCUUGUUUCCUCUCCAGAUCGACUUUCGAUCAAGAUUAAUGGGCUUGACCAUUUCUCAUACUCUGCGCCAUGGAAGUUCCGGUUCUCACUUUGAUUACGGGCAUUAGUCUCGCCCUGUUUCUUCUAUACAAGGGCGUGAUCUAUCCGGGAUUCUUGUCGCCAUUGUCGAAAAUCCCAAAUGCGCAUUGGACGGCCCCCAUAUCUCCUGCUUGGAUUCUGUGGAGGCGAUUUCGGAGCCAGAACAAUCGCACCAUCAAUGCAGCCCACGAACGGCUGGGACCCAUUGUGAGGCUUGCACCUUCGGAGAUUUCUAUCAAUUGUGUUGAAGGGGGUAUUAAGUCCGUCUACACGGGGGGGUUUGAGAAACAUGAAUGGUAUCCCCGAGUAUUUGGCUCGUUUGGUACCGUUAGUAUGUUUACUAUGACUGGCAACAAGGUUCAUUCGACCCGCAAAAGGAUCCUAUCCAAUAUCUACAGCAAGUCAUUCCUACAGUCAUCCCCUCAUAUGCGUCUAAUCUCCGAAACCGUCAUCUUUGACCGAUUCCUACCGAUUCUCGAGGAAGCUUCUUCCUCCCACAAGGAGCUUGACGUCCAUGACCUCAACCAAGGGCUAACUAUGGACUUUGUGUCGGGGUAUCUCUUCGGACUAACAAACGGAACUAACUUCCUUCAAGACGAGGAAUACAGACGUAAAAUGCUCCAGAUUUACCAGUGCAGGAAGCCAUUUGAAUUCUACCACCAGGAAGUUCCGGGCCUUCUAGCUUGCUUGAAGAGCAUCGGCAUUCGUUUGAUUCCAAAAUGGUGUGAUGCUGCGAAUGAGGUGCUCGAUGCGUGGGGGUUAGAACUAUGUGAUAAAGCAGAGAAAUCUCUCGCAUCGACCGAGCCUCGAGUUGAACCCGUUGUAUACAAGCACCUUAAGCAGGCAAUAUCGAAACAAGCGCCAGUCAACACAGAUAAUCCGAAACUGAAAGCGGAGUACCUUGAACAGCAGCGGUUAGAUAUCGCUUGUGAGAUGUAUGACCACCUCUCAGCCGGCCACGAGACCAGUGCUGUUGUCCUCACAUAUCUCUUUUGGGAGCUGUCUCGGCAUCCUGAGAUGCAGAAGGCCCUUCACAAGGAGUUAUUAACUAUAGAGCCAAAGAUUGCUUUCCCCCGGCCAUCUCCACUGACGGAGCUGCCUUCGCCAAAGUCUAUAGACUCGUUGCCCCUUCUAGAAGCAAUCCUAACUGAAACGUUACGACUCCAUGCCUCGAUCCCAGGAAUCCAACCGCGGGUCACCCCGUUUCCUACCUGCACUCUCGUAGGGUACGAGAAUAUCCCCGCCAACACACGUGUAAACGCACAAGCCUACUCGCUCCACCGCAAUCCCGAAGUUUUCCCGGACCCUGAAGCGUGGGAGCCAAAGCGAUGGAUGAAGGAUUGUGCUUCGCCUGUGGAAUUAGAUGAAAGGAGGCGGUGGUUCUGGGCGUUCGGCAGCGGUGGGCGAAUGUGCGUGGGAAGCAACCUGGCUCUACAAGAGAUGAAACUUGCCGUUGCUGCCGUGUACAGCAACUUUAAAACGUCCAUCGUAGACGACGAGGGCAUUGAAGCAAUCGAUGCUUAUACCGUCAAACCCAAGGGGGAGAAGCUUAUUCUCCAGUUCGCGCGCGUCUAGACAUAUUCAACUAGAACCACGUUGAAAUUCUAGACUGUCCAAGUCUAUUAGUACUGUUCCACCAAGAAUGUCAAUACUCAAACUCAAGACAUUUACUUGUCAUUUCUUC